AUGUUGUUUUAUGAUUCACCUGUUGAUCUAUUCGCUGCUGACUGUCGCCCAUUCGCCGUGAAGCGGCUACGCUGGGAGCCAUUUUGUAAACUCGACCUCGAACUCGCUGAUGUCGUCAGGCAAGGCGUGAGUUUGGCGCAGAUGCACAAUCUGGACGACUUUCGCUAUCUCUGCCUCGAAUUGCUCUCUAGCUCAGCAUUUCAGCAAAUAUUACCCCUGGUCUUUGUCCUCUUCCUCCCUCUCCUCGUGCUGACCGUCAACGCACACCAAGCCUCAGUCAUCUCAUCUUGCUACAUGGUGUUGGACGCCCUAGCUGGUGUAUUACCUUGGAACUGGUUCGAGGGGCAUUCCACUCCGAGCUCCAGUCCCGAGAAAAGAAAAUCUAAGAAGAAACAUGUACGCUCACGAGCAGAACAGGUCGAGCAGGAGGGGCACAAACUCGACCAUAUACAUACCAAUGGUUCAGAUGAGGGCUACUAUCCUGGACUUGUUAAUAUUUCUGGGACGUACUGCUUCAUGGACUCUACACUACAGGCCAUGGCCUCGUUGUGUUACUUACAGCCAUACAUAGAAGAGAUACACGCGAAGGCCGAGGCGCUCGAUGUACCGACGCCCGUUGUCGAUGCCUUCCGGGAUCUGCUAUUGAGAUUAAAUAUGCCGACUCGAUCUCCCCACGCUAUGCGUCCCAUUGACAUCAUUAACGCACUUUCGAAUCACUCUCAUGGGAAGCACAACUCAUUGUUCUCUUCACGUGAACACCAGGAUGCGCAAGAGCUCUUUCAACUUCUGUCGGAAUGCGUCAAGGGCGAGGCUAUUGCUGUCGAUAAAGAGGGACAUCGUGAUCGAGGGCUAGGCGGUCUUGCUCACGCCCAGGGCUCUGCAAGACGCGAAAUUGGUAAGAGCGUAUUCGAUGGGUUGACUGCGAACAGACGUAGCUGUGUGCAAUGUGGUUACACGGAAGCCGUGAUGCAUUUUGCCUUUGACAACUGGCAGCUCUCUGUUCCUCGUUUGGUGGGCCACUGCCGGAUAGAAGACUGUUUAGACGAUUACACACGUUUAGAGGUUCUCACUGAUUGCAUCUGUCGGAAAUGUUCCAUGCUCGCAACCUACAACCGGCUUGAGCAGGAGGCGGAGAAGCUCACGGAGUCGGCACACGCAGAGCAUGAUUCAUCAUCUUCGAAGAGGAGGCGUGCACGUGAGGCUCGGAAGCUUGUCCAACGCGUGAAAGCUGCCUUGGAUGAUGGUCGGAUCGAGGAAGACAUCAAGGGGGUGAAGAUGGAAAAGGUUUUCAGCAAGGCAUCUACCAAGCAAGCCAUGAUUGCACGACCACCACGGGUUCUCGUCCUCCAUCUCAACCGAUCCAUGCACUACGGUCACUAUGCCGCCAAAAACACAUGUAGAGUCGUCUUCCCCGAGAUCCUCGAUCUCACCCCUUAUACCACCUCUGGUCAGUUGUCCACCCUUCCUUCCGUCCCCAUUUCCACGCCGCCUCCGCCCAUUCCUCGCUGUCGAACUCCCACACCUGCCACCUUUGCUACUCCCCGCACCUUAUACCGCCUUGCCGCCGUCGUGUGCCAUUAUGGUGAGCACUCCUUCGGACACUAUGUCUGCUUCCGCCGUAAGCCCCGUCCUCCAUCAAUGGGCACUUCCCGCUUCGUUCCGCCAAAAUUAGCGUGCCUCCCCGGAUGUGAGUGCGAACAAUGUGAACGCUAUGGAGCUGUCCGCGAUGAUGGAAAUAGCCCACCACAGCAUGGCUCUGGUUGGUUGCGGAUCAGUGACGACAGCGUACGUGAGGUCGGGAUUGAGAGCGUUCUGCAGGAGAACUCGGGAGCGUUCAUGUUAUAUUAUGAACGUGUUAUGAUGCCGCGGCCGAGCAUCUAUUUGUCUAACACGCCCCGCAGCUCGGAAGAGACGGUGCGUCCAGAAGGCGUGUAUGCGAAUGGAUCUAGCGUGUCACUGCCAAAUGGUGAUGGAGAUGCGAGUGAGGCAGAGCCCAUGAAGCCCAUCCCGAGGACAAUGGGUCCGAGAAUCAUCCAAAGGGUUUCUGCAUCCUCAUCAAAGAGCCAUUCUAUGUCCCCUCCCGGACGAAGUAUCAUCACCAGCCGAUCAUCUCCCGCGUCGCUAUCAAAGCCCAGCCAGAAAUCGAAUGGACAUGUCCCAGGCGCUGAUGCAGCACACGCAACGUCACGCCCCCCUGUAGAUGAGAAGUCGGUCCUGAACUCGUCAUCGGUUGAAACCCGGGGUGAUACUGUCCCGGUACGCUCUUCAUCUUCCUCCAAGCCCCAGGCGUCGGCGCCGACAUCGUCACUCCUCCCCGCCAGGCCAGUGGUCCAUCAUACCGCCAUCCCCUACCCACACCCCAUAUCACCCACAGCUGAGUCUCCAAUUUCUCCAGCGAGGGCAGUAGAUCUUCGCGCAUAG